GAAACGCGUCAGUUGGCAUCACGACUCGGCAAAGUUCAAAACGUUUCGCGAACACUUUUCGGCUAGCAUCAAGUUUUAGUCUUUUUUUCUGCAUUUGUAUAGGGAAAGUUCAGUCGGUCAUUAGAGUGCAAAUUGGGUUUUUAUUGGGGAAUUUUCGAGUUAAGAUUGGCAGAUUUUUGAAUUUUGAGUUUUGAGUGCGGCACAAAAUGGCGGAUGUGGAAAUUAUGCAAACGAUGACGGAAGUCAAGAAAACGAAGAAGGUCAAGAAGUCGUCAAAACGUCGCGAAUCCGAAGUGCAAAUCAGCGAGGUGGAUGCCACCAACGAGGAAAGGGGUGGCGAAUACACAAAGGCCAUGGACAAGGACUGGCACUCGGGUCACUUCUGCUGCUGGCAGUGCGAUGAGAGCCUAACUGGACAGCGUUACGUCAUCCGGGACGAUCAUCCCUAUUGCAUCAAGUGCUACGAGAACGUCUUCGCCAACACGUGCGAGGAGUGCAACAAGAUAAUUGGCAUCGAUUCGAAGGAUUUAUCGUACAAAGACAAGCACUGGCACGAGGCCUGUUUCCUCUGCUUCAAAUGCAAUUUGAAUCUGGUCGACAAGCAGUUUGGAGCGAAGGCCGAUAAGAUCUAUUGUGGCAACUGCUACGAUGCGCAGUUCGCGUCCCGUUGCGACGGCUGCGGCGAGGUAUUCCGUGCAGGCACCAAGAAAAUGGAAUACAAAACCCGGCAGUGGCACGAGAACUGCUUCUGCUGCUGCGUCUGCAAGAUGGCCAUUGGCACGAAGUCGUUCAUACCGCGUGAGCAGGAGAUCUACUGCGCCGGCUGCUACGAGGAGAAGUUUGCCACGCGCUGCAUCAAGUGCAACAAUGUCAUCACCUCUGGGGGCGUGACCUAUAAGAAUGAACCGUGGCAUCGCGAGUGCUUCACGUGCACCCACUGCAACAUCACGUUGGCCGGGCAGCGGUUCACUAGCCGCGACGAGAAGCCCUACUGUGCCGAGUGCUUUGGCGAGCUGUUCGCUAAACGUUGCACCUCGUGUGUGAAGCCCAUUACAGGCAUUGGCGGCACUCGCUUCAUUUCGUUCGAGGAUCGGCACUGGCAUCACGAUUGCUUUGUCUGUGCCAGCUGCAAGGCCAGCUUGGUGGGACGCGGCUUCAUCACCGACGGCCCCGACAUCCUGUGCCCCGACUGUGCCAAGCAGAAGCUGAUGUAAAGCGCGAACGCCCCCCGCCCCUCCCACUCCAAUCAAAUCAAAUCAAAAUGGAUCAAAAACUGGGGCCAAGUGCCAGCGAUAAUUAGCCAUAAAAAAUCGAGAAAAAAAUGGAUCAAAAAUCAGAAUAUGUAUUAAACGAUAUAUAUAUCUAUAUAUAUAUAUAUAUAUGCAAACAAAAUAAUGCCUUACACAUAUAUUAGAUAUCGAGAAUUAGCUAAAACAAAAAAACAAACAGCAAAGGAAAUCCUAAAACAAAGCAAAACUUUUUAUGUAAAAUUUGAGAAACGCUCGAAACGUUAUGGAGCGAUAGCAGCAACACUUGAUAUUUGAUAUUAUUUUUGUGCUUUAUUUGUCGAAUUGUAUAAAAUUAUAAAAUAUAUAAUUAUUUAUUAUUUGUAAUUGCAUUUGAGCGCGCGAUAAACCGAAAAACGGAGCAGGAGAAAACUAAAACAAAAGCAAACAAUGGAAAAACUUGUAACUAUUGUAUGUAAAUGU